GCUCAUUGCCCUGCUCCUGAGGAGACUCAGUCCAGAGGGAUGCCCAGAGGAGGCACCAGGGAGGGGAGGCCACGGAGAAGCAGGGAGGCUGGGCACUUGGGCUGCAGGGAGAGGUGUAGAGGGAGGGUCACAGCAGCCUGGCUGCCUCCCCAGGCCCUGGCUUGCUCCAAGGUUAGUGCUGAAAGGCAAGGCAGUCCUUCCCCCAGCCCAGAAUGAGGCCCACCUGGGGGAGGCCAGUCAGCUCCUGGGGCAGAGGGCUCUUGGGAGUGUGGCUCUGGCAGAGGAAGAAGAAGGGCCUUCACUUGUGUCCUCCCCUGGGAGGUGGUCGGCUGGUGCAGGACCUGCCUCUGUCCCCCUCAGGUGAAUCUAAGUUCUUCAGGGUCUCUUCUGUCCCCCAAGACAAUCUAGAUUGCCAGGAAGUUCUUCUCGAUGUCUAACCUUGGGGUGGUCUGGAGUUGCUCUCUAGUCUUGGCUUUGAGCUUCCUCCUGCCAUACCCUUCACAGGCACGGUGGGAGCAGGAUGAAGUCAGGGCUCUGCCCCUCUCCCAGAUGGCCUUGCCAAUCCCACCCUGGCACUGGACAAAUGAGGGGACCCAUCCUGUGAGAGAGAACCCUCUUUUUCUUCAUCUUAACAUUUUUAAUAUUCUCCCCACCCCCUUCUAAGCAGGAAGUCUUUCUAGCAGUCUAGCCUCAUCACAGGAACCCUGGGUCACAGAGAAAACUCCCUCCCUCCCUGACUCCAGUUGUGGGCAGACAGCCCAGGCCACCCAUGCACCUUGUCCCUCAGGCCCUGGCUGCCCCCUGAGGCUCCACAUUCAAACAGGCCCAGCGCAGACGCCAGUGUCCUGGCAGCGCCUAAAUCACUAGUGCCGCUGUGAUUAGGCUGCUAAUCUCUGUUGGGUGGAGUGGGUGCUGGCUGCCAGUCUAUGUGAUCCUGCUGGCUGCUGGGACAGGGACAUGGUUCUUCACUGGGGCAGGAUGUCCACUGAGGGCCACCCUGGCCAUAAGCCUGCUUCCUCCCACUCCCCGGGUACCUCCUCCGGGAUUCCCUCUGGAUGGGCUCAGGCGCAGGGCUGAGAGCUGUGGAGGGUGAGCUGGGAGGUCACCUUUACCGUGACCUCAGGCCCCGUCCCCUUGGCCCCCACCCCUGCCUACAGUGUUGACAGAGCUUGACUGAUGUCACUGUCCCUCCAGAUUCCCCCCAAAGCCUUGGGAGACAGAAUGAUCUCCUUUUACAAGUGAGGAAACUCGGCUUCCACCCUGGCUUCCUGAUAGAAUUGGAUCCCAAGCUCCCUCGGGUUGGUGACCAUGUCUGUUCCCCUGACUCAGGAAUCCCCCAGGCCUGGGGCGACGUCUCCUCUUGCAGACUAGAAUAGUCCUAAAGGAGCUGGGGGUUCCCUCAAGUCAUCCUCCCCACUCAGAUGCAGGGACUGUGGGGGCCACACUACACCUGGGGGAGGAGGUUGGGCUCCAAAUCUCUCCACCUUCUCCCCCGAGGCCCUGGCAUGCUCAGUGGGGGGUCAGACCAGCCCUCUGGCUCCCAGGCCUGUGCAGCCUUGUUCCAGGCCCUUCUGCUCCCAGGGCUGGGUUCUCCGGACUCCCCCCAAGAAUGAGCUCAGCCUCCUAAUUGCCGCUGAAGAUGGAGGAUCACCCUACCCCGGGGCUGAGGCUCCAACACCACCUUUGUUUCUGAACAAUGAACUGCUAAGAGGCCAUCUUGCCCAGGCUGGGCCUGGGCACAGGAAGGGGCCUAGGGGAAGCAUUUGGCAUGUCCAGCCUGAGCCCCAGGCCCUGGGCGGCUGGUACAGAGGAAAAUUAUAUGGCUGGGGUUUUGGCUUGGACUUCAAGGGCCAGGGGCCCAGCCUCCCUUCAGUUUGGCUAUAAAGAGUGGCCCAGGGUCUCUGUCCAGACCAGACCCCGUGCCUGACCUGUGGAUACCAUGGCUGCCACCACCACCAGCAUCCGCCAGUUCUCAUCCUCUGGCUCUGUCAAGGGCCUGUGCGUGCCCAGCGGGGGUUUCUCCCGGAUGUCCUCCGUCCGCGUCGGGGGUGCCUGUCGGGCCCCCAGCCUCCUGGGAGGCGGCAGCUUCGGCAACAUGUCCGUCACCUCGUCCCGCUUCUCGUCGGGUUUCGGGGGUGGCUAUGGUGGUGGCUACACCUGCAACCUGGGUGGGGGCUUUGGCUCCAGCUUUGGGGUGUCGGAUGCCCUGCUGGGGGGCGGUGAGAAGGAGACCAUGCAGAACCUCAACGACCGCCUGGCCUCCUACCUGGACAAGGUGCACACCUUGGAGGAGGCCAACGCCGACCUGGAGAUGAAGAUCCGUGAAUGGUACAAGAAGCAGGGCCCCGGGCCUGCCCCAGACUACAGCCACUACUUCAAGACCAUCGAGGACCUGCGCAGCAAGAUCCUGGCAGCUACCAUCGACAAUGCCAGCUUGGUGCUCCAGAUUGACAAUGCCCGUCUGGCCGCUGAUGACUUCCGCACUAAGUACGAGACGGAGCUGAACCUGCGCAUGAGCGUGGAGGCCGACAUCAACGGCCUGCGCAGGGUGCUGGACGAGCUGACCCUGGCCAGGGCUGACCUGGAGAUGCAGAUCGAGAGCCUGAAGGAGGAGCUGGCCUACCUCAAGAAGAACCACGAGGAGGAAAUGAAUGCCCUUCGUGGCCAGGUGGGCGGGGACGUCAGCGUGGAGAUGGACGCAGCCCCGGGCGUGGACCUGAGCCGCAUCCUGAAUGAGAUGCGUGACCAGUAUGAGAAGAUGGCCGAGAAGAACCGCAAGGAUGCCGAGGACUGGUUCUUCACCAAGACGGAGGAGCUGAACCGCGAGGUGGCCACCAACACCGAGGCCCUGCAGAGCAGCAGGACCGAGAUCACAGAGCUCCGCCGCUCGGUGCAGAACCUGGAGAUUGAGCUGCAGUCGCAGAUCAGCAUGAAAGCAUCCCUGGAGAACAGCCUGGCGGAGACCGAGGCGCGCUACGGGGCCCAGCUGGCCCAGCUGCAGGGGCUCAUCAGCAGCAUCGAGCAGCAGCUUUGCGAACUGCGCUGCGACAUGGAGCGCCAGAACCACGAGUACCAGGUGCUGCUGGACGUGAAGACGCGGCUGGAGCAGGAGAUCGCCACCUACCGCCGCCUGCUGGAGGGCGAGGACUCCCACCUGGCCUCUCAGUAUUCCUCGUCCCUGGCCUCGCAGCCCUCCCGCGAAGCCACGGUGACAAGCCGCCAGGUGCGCACCAUCGUGGAGGAAGUCCAGGAUGGCAAGGUGGUCUCCUCCCGCGAGCAGGUCCACCGCUCCACUCACUGAAGCCCCUUUCAGCAUAUUGAAGGCCAAGGGGCAGCCAUCGCCUCCAGCUCCCAGCACGCUGCUGCCAGGCCCCAAGCGCCUGCCUGGGCCCCACCCCAUGAGCUGCUCAGCCUUUCUGUAUCGGCUUCCUGCAGCCCCCCCAAUCAGGGGCCUCCUGAGUUUGCCUCGUGACUGCAAUUAAAGCUUUGCUGAAGUUCAGCCCUUCAA